AAUUUAACCCAAGACAAAGUGACCUAUCAAAUUUUGUGACGAAAAAGCAAUUCAAGAAAUGGCAGCAAUACAAAAUGGCGAUUAUCUGUCCUUCAGCGAUAACAAUACAGAAUUAAAAACAAUACAAUAUUGGCAGAAACAUAAUCAAGACGUAUUAAAAGGUGAUAUCAUAGUUGAAAUAGAUCGUAACACGGCCAUUACUAAAAACUGCAUAUUAAAAGUAAAUCAAACAUCUUGUAAUGAUUUUAAUGAUAGUACUGAUCAAUUAAAACAUAGAGCGAGACAUAUUAACUAUUGGAAGACUGAAUUAGAAAGAGCUUUAAGAGAUAUUGACGAAGAAAUAACUGUAUUAGAAAAAUUAAGACAACAAUUAAAAAAUGCUAUGAACACAUUGAAAAUACCUGAAUAUAUCACUGAAGAAUGUUUAAACAUAAGACGUAAUAGAAUGGAAUCUGACGCAAUAUACGAUGAACCACAAGACGCAUUAUUUAAUGAAGCAGUUCUAAUAGAAAAUGUUAAAAGAAUACAUAAUGAUGCGUUAAGAGAAAUAGAAAAUCAAAUGAGAUUGAAUUUAGCUGCUAAAAACGCAUUAGAAAGAGAUUGGAGCAACAAACAUUUAGCAUUUAAAUACGAAACCAGUAACAGUGAAUUGACAACGAAAUCCGUUAAUGUUAAAGAAACAUCGGGAGCCACAAAACUAUCUGAAGGACAAUCUGACGUUAAAUCUUGGGAACAUUUCACACUAUCAGGUUUAGAACAAUUCAAAAGCGCGAUAGACAAAUCUAAACAUCUAAGAAUUAAAGUUGAUGCGAUACUAAUAAACACUGCAAGGGAUUUAAGAACUCAAGACAUUAAAGUCAACAAAGCAUUAAGUGAUAGAAUCGCACUCACAGAACAAGUCAAAACUGAAUUAGAAAAUCAACUAAAACUAACAUUAGCGAAGAUAACAGAGACGGAGAAUAUUCUGGAAACACUACACGAGGAAAUGUUAAAAGUGUCACAAAGGAUACAAGUGGCUCAAACGAGAUUGAACACUAAACACAUACGUCCUAACGUCGAAAAUUGUAGAGAAGGUUCUCUAUUCGGUCUUAUAGACGAAGUUAAGGAUCUCAAUGAUAGUCUGACAUUAUUACAAAACAGGAUGAUAGAAACACAGAAAUUACGAGCCCAUUUAAUACAUGAAAGGUCUAAAAUAGAAAAUGAGAUUAUAAUAAAAAAGAAAUCUCUAUAUAUUGAUAAUAAAAGAUGUUUAUUUACAAGAUCGUAUUAUCAAUCUGCGGAAAAAUUGUGUGGGUUUUGA